GUUAAAGUGUACAUAAAACUAAGUAAAUUAAUUAUGUAAAUUCUGUUGUUUAAUAAAAAUGGCAAGUACUGGUAAAACAUGGGAUCGCAGUCAGCUUCGCAACUACGAUUUACAACUAGAACAAAUACCAAGACUAGAAAAAACCUGUUGUGAUCACAGGCUCCAAACUGGUUGCCUCAGCAAUGAAAUGGGAUUUGAACUACUUAGAAGAAAACAUUGGCACCUCCGAUUUUACUGUAUUUCAGUCUAGUAAUCAUAAAUUCAAGUACUAUGAUGAGAAGAAAAUUCCAAAAUUAAAUGCUGAAUUUAUUCCUCCAACUACCAAGCUCUCUAUGAAAUUUUCAGAGUUUACUAAGUGCUUAACAGAAACUAAAGAUUCUAAUAGCAGAUUGUAUUUACAAGAAUGUCUUAACAACAACCUAGGAGCUGAAAUAGUUAGAGACUUUUUAAACUUUGAUUGGCAAUUUUGCACCACUAUCCAAUCGAAGCACAGUUGGGGCCCUUUAACAUCCAAUCUGUUGCUUGUUGGCAUGGAGGGUAAUGUAUCACCUUGUCAUUAUGAUGAGCAGCAAAAUUUGUUUGCUCAGGUGCUUGGCCACAAAAGGUGCAUACUGUUUCCACCAGAGCAAUUUGAGUGCUUGUAUCCACAUCCUGUCUUUCACCCACAUGACCGACAAAGCAUGGUUGAUUUUGACAAUCCAGAUCAUGUGCGAUUUCCUAAAUUCAAAGAAUUGAAAGGAUGGGAAACUGUGAUAGGACCUGGCGAGGUUUUGUAUAUUCCUAUUUACUGGUGGCACCAUAUUGAAUCAUUACUGGCUGGAGGACCUACAGUGACAAUCAAUUUUUGGUACAAGGCAAAGCCAAAUGGUUCAGUGACAUAUCCGUUAAAAGGACAUCAAAAAGUGGCUAUAAUGCGCAAUAUCGAAAAAAUGUUGGUUGACGUGUUGCAGGAUCCAAAUGAUGUGUCACCAUUGCUGCGUGCGAUUGUCUUGGGUCGAUACACGGAACACACAUAAAUUUUCGCGUUGUUGGCUUUUGUUUUGUUUUUAUAUCGGUAUUUAAUUGUGAAAGUUAUCAUAAUAAUCCUGUGAUUGUAGAGCUUUUUAUAUGUAUUUUAAAACGUGUUUGAAAACAGCUAGUGCGAUUUUUACUCUGGUAACAAGUCAUCGCCGAUUUGUUCAUCAGCGAAAUCAUCGAAAUCAAUUGGUUUGCCCGCACCAGUGCGUGGUCUAACCGGCAUCGGGCCCAAUGGAUCGCUAUAGGAGAAAUCUGUAAAAAUAACGUUAUUGCGAUUACUCUAAUCAAUAAACAUUUAUAAAUUA